AUGCGCCUCCAUUAUAACAAACACCAUGCGACCUAUGUGUCCAACCUGAAUAUCGCUGAAGAGCAAGUCGCAGAGGCCAUGGCCAAGAAUGACAUCAUCCGGCCCGCUGUCCGCUUCAAUGGAGGUGGUCAUAUAAACCACAGCAUUUUCUGGCACAACCUCAGUCCCAAAGGAGGUGGCACCCCGAAAGGCAGUCUUUCCAAUGCGAUCAUCGCUGAUUUCGGGUCUUUUGAGGAGUUCAAGUCCAAGCUGUCCGCUCUAACCAUCGGCAUUCAGGGCUCCGGAUGGGGUUGGUUGGGACUGAACCCGAUAACCAAGCGUCUCCAGCUUGCCACAUGUGCAAACCAAGAUCCUUUGGAGGGGACCACAGCCUCAGAAGUGUCCGAGUGUAUAUCUCUAUUCAAGCCUGAUCGUGCUACUUGUCCUGGAGACCUCCCACCUGCUCUGUUCAAGGAUGGCGAUCGACUCAUCAUCCAGUGCCUGUCUAGCUUAUUCGGGUCUGUUUGGGAGACUGUCCCAGACAACUGGGUUCGGUCGGUAAUAGUGUCCGUUUUCAAAAUGCUUGCUCGCAAUGAAUGUAGUAACCACAGAGGUAUCAGUUGGACUCCCAUUUUAACAAAGCUUCUGGCCUCACUGAAUCUUCAUCUUCUUGCGUCGACACGCGAAUUGUUGACCUGUGAGCAUCAAACGGGAUUUCGACCCGGUGGAGGCUUUGGUGACUACAUCUUCACACGCCGUCAGGUCUUAGACCCAUAUGUCCAAACAACCCACAAUCUUGGCAUUCCUUGA